AUGUUACCCGGACAGGACACUCCUUCAGAUGCUGCCCCUGUAGUCAGAAAAACAGCCAUAAUCGACAGAGAAUUGCUGCAUCUUCGCAUUGAUGUGGCUGCAUUGCAGGAAACUUGUCUCUCAGGGGAAGGCAGCCUGCGUAAAGCUAAUUACACCUUUUUCUGGGAAGGGAGAGAAGUUGGAGAAAGACGUGAGUGUGGAGUUGGCUUUGCAGUGCGAAACAGUCUCCUUAGCUACUGCAAACAUCCAAAAUCUGUUUCUGAACGAUUAACAACUUUGAUAUUAAGGACAAUGUCAGACCCCAUCACAUUAAUCUCAGCAUAUGCUCCCGCUACGAAAGAGCCACCUGAAGUCAAAGACAAGUUUUAUGAAGAUCUGUGGAAAUGUCUGGAGAAUGUUCAUGAAUCAGAUAAACUUAUCUUACUGGGAGACUUGAAUGGCAGGAUUGGGAAUACAUGGAAUAACUGGCCUGACUGCAUUGGCACACACGGCACUGGAAAUAUGAACGAGAAUGGCCAGACACUGUUGGAACAUUGCAAUUAUGUUUCUCUCUGCGUCACUAACACUUACUUUCGGAACAUAGCCGUGCACAAAGUAACAUGGAAACACCCACGUUCAGGUCAUUGGCAUCAGCUCGACUUCAUCAUAACCAGAAGAUGUGACCUAAGUCAUGUCCUUACCUCCCGCACAUAUCACAGUGCUGACUGUGAUACUGAUAACUCUUUAGUUAUGACCAAAUCACUGUUCACAUCAAAGAAGAUUCACUCAGCUGAGAGCGUUUGUCGAAGAGUAAAGAUCUACACCAAAACCAUCCAAGAUGAAGCGCUAUAUAAAAUGUUCAGAUGA